AUGACUUUAAUCGGUAGUGGAUUAGGUUUCGGUCCGAGGACUAACGAAUAUAAGGUGGUGAGAAUUCUUAAGGAACGGACACCUGAUCCCAAUAAGGUGGCUGAGAUACACACCCUGGGAACAGGUUCAUGGAAAUGUGUUGGCACUGCUCCCUGCUCAGACUCUCAGCUAUCAUUCCCCACUUGUGUGAAAGGAAUGCUUUAUGGUUUUGCGAUGAGUGGACAGAAUAUAUCGAUUCGUAUGGUUUCGUCGAAGUGGCCAGAUGGCGUAUACAUACCCAUGAAAUACUUGAGGAAUGAUGCUUCGAGGGAUGAAGAAGUAUCAUCUUCUGAGGCAAUUCGUCAUGUUCCGAGCUUUAUUUCGCUCAAGGAUCUCGGUGGGAAGGAUGUAGAAAUACUGAAUAUAAAUCAAGAGGAACAACAGCAGUGUGCAGGGCUGGAGCGCCCGGCGAGACCGAAGCCUCUCUCUGGUGAAGAAAAUGCCGGGUGCGAUACCGCUGACAGUUGA